AUGAAGAAGUUCUAUGGUGAUCAUUAUCAAGUUGAACUUGAUGAGUUUGUUACUAUCGUAAAGAAAUUGUACAACUUUUAUGUUAAUUCUGCUCCUACAUCAUCAAAGAAAAUUAACCAUGACCUAGAAGAAUUCUUAUAUGAUGCAAGUGAACCUGCUAUGGUUGAGUCAAAUGAGUUGGAGAGGUAUAUUGCAGAACCACUUCUGAAAAUUGUUGAUUCUAAAAUGGUUGGAUCAAUUGUGAGUGAUCUUGAGGUUGAGGCUUUGGCUAAUGUUGUGGCUAAACUGAAAAUUGAGGAAAAGGACAAGGAGGGGGAUGAGGAAGCAAAAGACAUGAAAAGUGAUCCUGACCUCAUGGAUGAUGCUAAUGAACUGUAG